AGCACCGGCCAGGCUUGAAAAUGUGGAUAUCUCUCUGAUUUUUCUUCCUUGCUUAACUCCUGUUGCAGUUACUCAGCUUCACUUCUUCACGCGCCUCUCUGAGCCUUCCUGCAGGCGGACACUGUUACCCUGACCAAAACAAGCUUAAGAAAACUUUGUUGCCUGACCUCUUCUAAAAAUUUUUCUUGCCUCUUGUUCUAUUCUGCACCUUUUCUUCUCCUCACUCACCCUACCCCUGCACUCUCUGUCAAGAAUAUCUUGUAUUAUAUUCAUGUGUUAAUAGGUGUCCACCUCUCCCCACCCAAGGCAAAGGCACCCAAAGAUGGGCAGAGUGUGAAGAGUUUGCAGCUGUUGUGUUAGAAGUUGCCGUAUCUUCAAGUGGGCAUGUGUGGCAGGAGUUUUCAAUUCCUCAUUCCUGCUGAGCUCCAACUUCCCUCGCCACAGGAAGCUACUACGGACCAGCUUACACUGACCUAUCAUGGCAUCCAACAAGUUUGUCAUUAAGUGUGGGAACUUUGCUGUUUUGGUGGAUGUUCAUAUUUUGCCUGAAGGCUCCAGUAAAGACACCAGCUGGUUUUCAGAUCAUGAGAAAGAGGAGGUCUGCACGCUGCUAGAAGAAGUUGUUGCUUCAAGGGUCAAACACUACUUGGAAGCGCGUAAACAACGUGGUCAAGUGAAAUCAAUGCACCACGCACCAUCUGGUCCUUUGUUUCUUACCGCCAACAGUUUUCACAUUACUGCCUACUUUAUGAAGAGAUGGGUUAAUCUCCGUUGUGCUGUAGGGAAGCGUUAUCGUGAGCUACGUGUGUUUCCAGAAAGAUUUAUAGUUUGUGUCAGUAAACUUGAAUGUGAUCCAAGCGCUUGGAUAUGUGAAAAUGGUGUAUUGAAAGAAGAACUUUCCAAUGGGACGUCUGAAUAUUUUACGGAGUCUGCUGAGAACAAGAAGCUUAAGAUUAGUCUGAAUGAGCAGACAAAGCACGACAUCUUGAAAGAAAUUGUGAAAAGGACAAAACCAAGGAAAUGUAGCACAAGCAAACCUCAAAUCAGCAAGGACCCCAAGAAAGUGUAUCUUGGCUCAGUGGACUCACAGACAGGGAACAGAAAGAACGACUGUCAAACAUCUCUCAGUCCUCAAUCUGAAGUGAAAUGUAGGAGUACAGGACAGCUAAAGGACUGCAUAACUACAGCUGAGAGCAGCUUGGAGCUUCCUGUUUUAGAGCUGGAAAAUCAUGUUAAUCGGAGACAGCCAGAUGAUGUUAGCAGCCAGCAAAAACCUCACUCUGUGGAGUGGUUGAAGUCAAGUCUUCUAAGCGAGAACCCCCCUUGUAGCUAUGAGUCAGCACUGCUAGGUCCAAAACAAAGUCAAAAAGUGACCAAAACACAGGCUCAACAAAAGAGCUGUGCUUCAGAAGAAAACUUCUGGAAAAAAGUGUCCUCUGAAGGGGCUUCUUUAAUUCCUAGCGAUACAGAAAUGAGUAAAUACAGUGAUGAUUGUUUAGGUCCAUUCCUGGAGGAGAAGACCCCGCUUGAUUCGAGAUUGUUUUCUAAACAAAACAUGAUAAAGAGUACCACGUCUGAUGAGGAGUCACUAACUUUGGGAAAAAACCUCUCCCGGCCCCUUUCUGAGAGGAACAAUAUUGUACAGACAAACAAAACUGAGCCAAGCACAACCAUAGAAGAACUGCCUGGGAUGCCAUCAUCUUGUUUAGAACUGCAGCCUGAGUCUUCAGAGAAGCUUGCCCAAAAAAGAAAAAAAGAAGUUGAAAAUGGUCUCAGGAAGUUAAAACUGCGAAGGCUUAAGAAGUAAUAGAGUCUGAAAUAUUACCUUGAUGGCAUGGAUGGACAGCCAAAUUUGUGUUUGGAAAGUAUAUGCAAAAAGUAGGGAGCAAAUAAAAAUAUUGAACAAUAAUAAAAAUGCAAAGGCAAAAUUAGAUAAAACUUUUUAAGGAAAUUCAGUCAACUAGAGUAUCUUAGUCAUUUAGAACUGUAAUGAAGGUAAUUCUGUCAAGUCUUUUGCAAUUAGUGAUAAAUAUUGUACGAACUAGUGUAAUAUUUAUAGAAAGAAAAAUUUCUUAUAAAAUUAUAUUUAUUAAGCAAGAUUUUAGAUCUAUCUAUGUUUUAGUACCAUUAAAAAGUCACAUCAGCUGAUGACAGCAAAAGUUAAAACUGCUUUCAUGAUCUGUUAGCAGCUGCAGUUAUUCAGCGUUUGGCUUGUUUCUGAACCCGUAGUUUAUUUUAAUAAAAAUUAAUCCUUUCUUUCUCUGUGUUAGGAAGUUCAUGGUUUAUUCAUAUGAUCUUUACAACAGUAAGGCAAACUGAGGUUAUUUGAAUAAAUCUUUAACCAGGAUUUAAUGUUGCUGAUAAUUUGAGGCCCACCUUUUCAGUGAGGUUUCAAAAUAACUAUAGUUUGUGCUUGUGCAGUUUUGAUGCACAACAAAACGAACAAUACGCAGUAUAACCAAUGUGAACCUGUAACAACUAACCAGUCGUUAGCACAAGUGAUCAUGCAUUCGGUCCUUGGAAAAAAGAAUAUUAGUUUUAUAUAUAUGUAGUCACCUGGAUGUGCAAUAUUGCUGUUGGGGAAAGUUCCUCAUCGUGCAUUCAUGUUUCAAAAUCAGGCCUUUUAGUCUGCAAUGACUGUUUUUCUGUUAGCGAUACCCAAGUUAUUUCCUAUUUUCAGAUAGAAAUAGUAUUUAAUUGUAGUGCUUUUUAACCCUGCUUUUGUAACUUGUAUACUAACGUGCUAAGGAAAUGUAACCUUUUAUUUCAUGCUUAUCUUUUUAAAAUGUUUAAAAUA